GCGACCCGAUACACGUGUCCACACCCGAACAAUCACGCAUGACACCCUCUCGUAAUCUUCAUAACCAAACUUUCACGAACCCAUUAACGUGCUCCAUUAAUACCACUAAUUAAUCCGAGUUCUAAUAUACUUUAACCGUGGAUGUGAAUGACUAAAGUGAAAAAAAUAUAAAAUCUAAGAUUGCGGUACAAAAACUCCACUAGGACUUUGUUGCGAAACCUAUUAGCACGAUGUAUAAUGAACAUGACAAGUAAGGGUCGGUGUUAUCACAACUUCGUGGGUCUAAUUCGAAACUGUCAGUAGUUUUGAUUGCAUCGUCACGGAGUAAACAAUGAAUGUUGUUGACAGUUAUCAGCUGAUCACCGGUGGUCUUUCUGUCCUCAAGCGCGCACCGCCGCUAAAAGAGUCCUGAAUAAUUCAUCGGGAUAUUUAACCGCGUCCCGAAAGUCGGCCGUGCGUGACGACACACUACACGCGACUCCACAUGUAAUGUCGGAAAGAUUACUGGGAUCGUUCAUACACAACGGUUACAUGCUCUAACAAAUCAGAGCAAUGGAACUCGAUUCGAAACUAUCGACGAAAUAUCGCUGUACGAUUUGGAGAUCGACCUAAAGCAAAAAUAGAGCGAAUUUUAAUUAAGAAAAUGUAUGCAGUGUUCGUGGAUCGACUUUAGUCAGUGAUUCAAUAGCGUUGAUCAAUUGUAAAGUUGACAAUAGAGGUUCCUGGGGUAAUGGAAUGGCGUAGCUAAUGUAUAGUGUAAUAUUAAAUUAAUUAACGUUACGGAGCUUAACUAAUAGUUGAUUGUUGCGUAAUGAAACAUUACUGUUGUAGUAAAAUGUUGCCAAAGUAGGUGUAGAGUGGGGUGAAGUAAUGAUGUGGGGGCGGGGAGUGUGUGUGAUGGAGUCCGUGUUGGUGUAUGCUGUGUUGGUGGGCAUGUCGGCUGAGCUUGUGUGCGCCACUGCUGGAGAGUGGAGUGAAGAUGCCGAAGAUUUAGUGUCGACGGUGGAUGUGGACGCGGUGUUGGGUCGUACGGCGUCUCUCCCUUGUGACGUCACACCCGACGCUAAUGAAGACAGGGUCUAUAUGGUGCUGUGGUUCCGGAAGAGUGGGGGCAAACCUAUAUAUAGUUUCGACGUCCGUGGGCGAUCGUUCAACAAGGCCUUACAGUGGUCAGACCCGGGCGCGUUCGGACCCCGGGCCUACUUUGCAACAGUCGCCCGACCAGCAGCGCUCACCCUCAGCUCAGUGCAACUAGACGAUGAAGGCGUCUACAGGUGUAGAGUAGACUUUAAGAACUCGCCCACGAGAAACUUCCAAAUCAGACUAACUGUAAUAGUGCCUCCUCAUCAAAUGCUGCUGUAUGAUAAGUCUGGCGCGGAUGUAUCUGGCGUGGUGGGACCUUUGGAAGAGGGAACCGCCUUGGUGCUAGUGUGUGAAGUUCGAGGAGGUCGUCCCGAACCAACAGUAUCCUGGUGGAUAGAUGGAACGCCAGCCUCCCAAUACAUAGGAGUCAAGACAGACACCCACGUCAUCGUCAAUCGCUUAGAGUUACAGCAUUUGAAGAGAGAAGACCUAAACACCACGUUCAAGUGUCGAGCUUCUAAUACAAACUUGGUUCCUCCACAAGAGAAAGUCGUCAGGCUUGAGAUGAAUUUGGUUCCAUUGUCAGUAUCUUUACUCAACCGGCCACAACAGCUGCUGUCUGCUGCAGCUGCAACUCUUCGAUGUGUAUCAGAAGGCAGUCGACCACCAGCUCACAUAGUCUGGUAUAAAGACAACAGGAGUUUUGACAGAAAUAUGGUAACAGACCAUUCAAACGAGACGUGGUCGGUCAGUACGUUGGUGUUCAGCCCAAGUCCUGCUGACAACGGAGCUAUAAUCAAAUGCGUGGCUGCCAACCCCAGCUUACCCACCAAGUCAAUAGACGACCAACUACAGCUCAACGUUGUAUACAGUCCCCUAGUGUCACUGACGCUCGGGAGUACGCUCAACCCUCACGACAUCAAGGAAGGCGACGACGUGUACUUUGAGUGCAACGUGCGCGCCAAUCCUAGAGAACAUCGCAUCUCCUGGUUCCAUAACGACAGGCCAGUGAGUCAAAAUAUGACGUCAGGCAUUAUAGUCAGCACGCGGUCACUAGUUCUACAAAAGGUGACGAGAAGAGAAGCUGGUAGUUACUCCUGCAAGGCGGCCAACGCGAGAGGGGAGACUUCCAGCAAAGUAGUGACCUUGAGAGUUCAAUAUGCUCCCGUAUGUGGUGAGACAUCACCACAAGUAGUGGGUACGGCACUCGAUGAAGCGUUGCGCGUACGCUGCUCAGUGCACGCCGAUCCUGCUGACGUCACGUUUCUGUGGCAGUUUAACAACAGCGGCGAGAGUUUUAACGUCUCGCCUGCUAGAUAUGGUACAGUAAAUGGCAGUAUAAGCGAACUUCGAUACACACCAGCCAGUGAGCGCGACUACGGAGCGUUGACCUGCCGCGGUACCAACACAGUGGGCAGGCAGGCGCAACCCUGUGUCUUCCAAAUUGUUCCAGCUGCUCGGCCGUCACCACCGAGGAACUGCACAGUUUCUGCUGGCAAUGGUUCCAAUUGGAUCGAGGACUCGAAUCGAGAGGACUAUGGCGAGCCUCUGACUGUGCGCUGUGUCACCGGCUAUGAUGGAGGUCUACCUCAGCUGGUAGUGUUAGAAGCAUUGGACUCGGAAAAUGGGAAGAUCAGGUUUAAUGUCACUGCUAAUGAGACGGACGGUGUAGCUGUAUUCCUAGUACCGGCCGGGGUGCUAUGGUCCAGUGGCAGUGCACUCAGGUUGACAGUGCAUUCGAGGAAUGAUAAAGGAGCUUCGGACCGCAUCAUGUUGCAUGCACUUGCGUAUCAAGACCCUGAGAGAAGGACAGAUGGUGGCAACAGUCUAAUGGCCGGUGUCUCGAAAGCUGCUUUCUGGUCGAUUAUCUUCACUGCCAUAAUCUGCGGAUGCGCGGCCAUUUUCACGGGAUAUUUUCUACGAAGAAAAAGAAGUAAUCCUCCUACAAAGCAACAGUCGUCGGAGCUCCAACUGAACGCAGGCGACGGGCAGUACGUGGUGGCCUACACUCUAAAGCCCCCCAAACAAGCGCAGCCGGACAUAUUGAACCCACCGCCAGACGGGGCGCCGCCGAGCGCGAAGUGUGUUACAGAGGCGGCCACGAAAAAUGGCGCACUCCAUCCAACCGAGGAGUGGGGGAGUGAGCGCGCCAGCGCAGCGCUUGACGACCAUCGACCCGUACUGUCGCCGAAAGCAAUUUUAAAUAAGCCACCUGUACCACUUGGCGCGAUGACGUUAAGUAGGAGAGAGCAUCUCAUAGCCGAAGAAAUACCAGGUCCAGAGAGUUGUGUAUAAAGUGUAUAAAGCUUAUAAUAAAUUACUUAUGUAAAUAGAUUCAAUUAUUUCCAAACGAGAUUCUUCAGAAGCAAAGGAGGAAAAUGUAAAUAUACAGUGACGGUAAAGUACAUGGUUAUGUUCUGCCUAAAAAAACUGCGUCAAAAUGUUGCAGCAAUCUGUUGGCUCUGUGUUCGUACAUUUAUUGGCCAGUAGUCUGCUGCUGAUUCCCUGGCUCGUUUGUUGCGACUGCCUGCAGCUUACAAAUUGCGCUUGCAACUUAAGCAGAACACAACUAAAUGAGAAAUGUCUUAGCUUGUGGUAGAGUCUCGUCUUAGCUAACGGUUUGUUGAAAUUUUGUUCAUUGUUCAAACCAUUCUUGGUUACGUAUGCUCGGCAUGUUUUUGUUAAGAGCUAAAAAUGUUAAAUGAGUUUCCCUUAUUCAAAAAUCUUGCUCAUAAAUGGCAAAUGUACCCUGAAGUAUUAUUGUAAAAAGUGUUUUGUUCAAACUUUGCCAUAUCAAGGUUUUGACAUUCAUCGCGCGGUAAAAUCCUUUUUGGCACAAAUGUUUUUGGCGAGUAGUUUAACGGUGGAUAGACUUUCUACAAACCGUUGCCAUUUUUUUAUCUUCACACUGCCGGAUACGUUUAGCGGGCCACGAGUGUAUGUUACGUUGUACCGAGGUGACCGACUCUAUGCCAAAAAAGGAAUCCUACAAUUUAGUAGCAAAAUAUAAAUUUUGCAAAUAAUUGUCAACAGUUUAGACUAACUUUAUCCUGGAACGUUAGCGUCAAUGGCUUAGUCCUUCAGACAUUAUCACCAGACUUGGUUAAGACUUGGCCUAAGGUGACUGUGGGACCUCUAGAAUACUAAUAGCUUGUUAGAACGGUUGAUCUCGUAAACGCUGCUAUUCCAAAGAAACAAACUUCAUUCUUUUGAAAGUAAAAUUCCUUAAUUUUAUAGUUUACUCUAAAGUGUUCUUAGUUUUGAUGUAUUUUUGUUUGUUCCCUGAAUUUGUCCCGCAGUGUACCCGUAUAUAGUUGUAAAUGUUUUGUAAAAUGAAAUGUUGUAAAUAACUUUAUAUGUAAUGACUGUGACAUUGUGAUAAAUAAUUUGUAAAUAAUAUAAAUUGGAAAAUUAAAAUAUAAGGAAAUAAAACUCUGU